AUGAAUUUAAUAUUAUCAGAACCAACUGCACAUUGUCAUGCUUCUAACCUCAGUGAUCUUCGGAUCAUCAAACUACAAAAUGAAAUUAAAGCUUGUGCUGCUACAACUGACGAAGCAUCCAGUAGUAUUCUUUAUUCGGCUUUGCGAUCUUUUUCUUUAAGUGCAGCUGUUGCUUUGCCACGAAAUGAAACAUUGAUGCGUACAAUUCGUCGACAACUUACAGUUAUUUCUUCAGAUAGUACUAGUCAACUUCUGGCCAGUUUGAAAAAAACAGAUCAUGGUGAAGAUUUUUUAUUAUACGAAAGCGAUGAACUAAUGAGCUUUACGACGAAAGCUAAUUUAUCUGUAUUAAAAAAUUGCAAACAUUGGUUUGCUGAUGGAACUUUUAAAAUGAGUAUCAAAUGUAAUCUUUCUAAAGUAAAUUUAUGGCCUGCUGAUUUAGAAGAAGAUGAUUUUGAACCAAUAUUAAUUUUAACAGAUUUUGAACCAGGCACCAUUAAAUCAGUUCAAUCAAUGUUUCAUGGAGUUUUACAUAAAGGUUGUCUCUUCUAUUUUAGCCAGUGUAUUUGGCGCCAGAUACAAUCAAGAGGUUUAUCGACCAAAUACCAAGAUGAUGAACAUUUUGAUUUAAAUGUUAAAAAAUUAAUUUCUUUAGCAUUUGUUCUACUCGUCGACGUUGUUAAAAGUUUUGAUUUAAUUGCAGAAAAUUUUGACGAUGAUGCGGAAGAUUUUAUUGACUAUUUCGAAAAAGUCUGGAUUGGCGAACCAAAACAAAGAGAAAUCGGUCAAAAAAAACCGCAGUUUGAACAUGCGCUGUGGAACUUAUAUGAUCGUGUUGUCAGUGAUUUACCACGGUCAAAUAACUCGGUGGAAGGAUGGCAUAAUGCUUUUGCAAAUCGUGUCUCCAUUACUCAUCCAUCAAUUCCAAAAUUGGCAGUCAAAAUUCAAAAUCGAUAUUGCUCAAAUUCGACAAGAGGUUGA